UUCCCAUAAUUAUAAUCAAUUGAAUAUAAAUUAAAUUAAUUCACAACAACUGUAAGUCAGUCAAAGUCACAAGAUCAGCGGCAAGAAUUCGAAUCAUGAAAUAUUUCAAUUUUUUAUUAAUUUUAAUUGUAUCUGUCGCAGUCAAGGUCAACAAUGCAGUGCCCCUGGAAUCCUUUGAGGUGGACAGUAGGGAUCACUCCCUUACGACGGAUGAAAAAUUAAAGGAAACCAAACGUUUCAAGCUGCUGGAAUUUGCCUAUGAAAAUUUGCGGAGAACCAUUUGGCCCGAGGAAGUUUACACCAAAAUGUCCGAAUAUGUAGAGGCCCUCAAGAAGUGGUCCCAAGAGGAUGACCAUUUACGAAACGCCCAUUUCUAUGGAGAAUUUGAAGAGGCCUUAGAAAAUUGUGCAAUUUUACUGAAAGGCCUCAGAAACGAUCCUGGCAAUUGUCAAAAACAGAAAAGUUUGAAAUUUAAUAACGACAAAAUUCGUUCAAUAUUUCAAUCGGUGACCAAUGAUGAUCACCUGCAAUAUGGCUGGACUUCGAAAUAUUCCGAUAUGGUAUUGCAGUUGCGUGACGUCAUGCGUAACUCUUUCGAAAAGUUCUUUGUGAAAUUGGAGGAGAGGGUGAAGGAUUUCAUUGGCAAGUUAAAUGAGGCCGAGGAACAUGAAAAUGCCGAUAUUGUCCAGUGGCAGGAAAAGUUCUCACAGGAAACGAACUAUAUUCGCAAGGAGAUAUUGGUAAUUGAGUUUAUGGGGCUAUUUCCAGAUGAGCGACCCCUGGUGGAGAGUAAAUGUAAGAUACGCUAUACAAAUGGUUUGUAAAAAAUACUCAAUAAACAAUACCUCUG